AUGGACCUGUCAAUGCCCAACCAGCCGAAGUUCCUGCCCCGCAUAGAGCGUAAUUCGUCGGGGACCGCCGCCAACUCCUACGUGGCCACCGCCUCCGGCAAUCCCUUCGAAACGGACGAGGAGGAUGAAAUCUUCAGCAGGCACAAGAUGGUGCUCCGGGUGCCCAGCAACUGCACCGGCGACCUGAUGCACCUGGCCGUCUCGCGGAACUGGCUCGUCUGCCUGUUGGGCACGCCAGAGCGGACCACUCUGUUGCGCUUCUUCCUGCCUCGCGCGAUUCCACCGGGCGAGGCGGUGCUAGAGAAGUACCUCUCCGGUUCCGGCUACAAGAUAACUCGCAUGUUCCUGGACCCCACGGGUCAUCACAUUAUCAUCGCUCUGGUGCCAAAGUCCGCUUCCGCUGGCGUUUCUCCGGACUUCCUGUACAUCCACUGCCUCGAGUCGCCACAGGCGCAGCAGCUGAAGGUGCGGCGCAUCGAGAAGUUCAAGGACCACGAGAUAACGGCAGUCGCUUUUAAUCCGUACCACGGCAACGAGUCCUCCACGGGGCCCAUCCUGCUCGGUACUAGUCGAGGCCUUAUCUUCGAAACCGAGCUGAAUCCCGCAGCUGACGGUCAUGUCCAGCGCAAGCAGCUCUAUGACCUGGGUCUGGGCCGUCUGAAGUACCCCAUCACGGGACUCAAGCUGCUGCGGGUGCCCAACAGCAGUCGGUACAUAAUCGUGGUCACCAGUCCCGAGUGCAUAUACACAUUCCAGGAGACGCUUAAGGCAGAGGAGCGUUCGCUGCAGGCAAUAUUCGCCGGCUAUGUGAGCGGAGUGCAGGAGCCGCACUGCGAGGAGCGCAAGACUGAUCUGACUUUUUCGCAGCUCCGUUUCUUCGCUCCGCCCAACAGCAAGUAUCCAAAGCAGUGGGCGUGGUUGUGUGGUGAGGGCAUCCGUGUGGGCGAGCUUUCCAUCGAGGGCAACAGUGCCACCACCCUGAUAGGGAACACACUGAUAAACCUGGACUUCGAGAAGACAAUGCAUCUGUCGUACGGCGAGCGGCGUCUCAACAUUCCCAAAGCGUUCGUACUGACCGAGUACCACGCCGUGCUGCUGUACGCGGAUCACGUACGCGCCAUCUGCCUGCUGAACCAGGAGCAGGUCUAUCAGGAAGCAUUCGACGAGGCCCGAGUGGGCAAACCGCUGAGCAUCGAACGGGACGAGCUUACCGGCUCGAUAUACGUUUAUACCGUAAAAACCGUGUUUAACCUUAGGGUGACGCGCGAGGAGCGGAACGUGUGGCGCAUUUAUCUUGAUAAGGGACAGUACGAGCUAGCAACGGCACACGCAGCCGAGGAUCCCGAGCACCUGCAGCUUGUGCUAGGCCAGCGGGCGGAUGCCGCCUUCGCGGACGGAUCCUAUCAGGUGGCAGCCGAUUAUUACGCUGAGACGGACAAGUCCUUUGAGGAGGUGUGCUUGAAGUUCAUGGUGCUGCCGGACAAGCGACCCAUUAUCAACUACGUUAAGAAGCGCCUCAGCCGAAUGACUACAGUGGAAACGGAUGAGCUGGACGAGGACAGAAAGAACAGCAUUAAGGCGUUGGUCAUCUGGCUAAUUGACCUCUACCUCAUCCAGAUCAACAUGCCCGACAAGGACGAGGACUGGCGCAGCUCGUGGCAGACGGAGUACGACGAGUUCAUGAUGGAGACCCAUGUCCUGUCCUGCACGCGCCAAAAUCGCGAGGAUGUGCGGCAGCUGAUUGCCGAGCACGCUGAUCCGCGCAACAUGGCCCAAUUCGCCAUCGCCAUCGGCGACUAUGAUGAAGUGGUGGGGCAGCAGCUUAAGGCCGAGUGUUUUGCCGAGGCACUGCAAACGCUGAUCAAUCAACGGAAUCCAGAACUCUUCUACAAGUACGCGCCCGAACUGAUAACUAGGCUACCGAAGCCCACGGUUGACACCUUAAUGGCCCAGGGAUCCCGACUGGAGGUGGAGAAGCUGGUCCCCACGCUCAUCGUUAUGGAAACUCGCGAGCAGCGGGAGCAGACACAGCGAUACCUCGAGUUUGCCAUUUACAAGCUGAACACGACCAAUGACGCCAUUCACAAUUUUCUGCUACAUUUGUACGCGGAGCAUGAGCCCAAGCUGCUGAUGAAGUACCUUGAGAUCCAGGGCCGCGAUGAGAGCCUCGUCCACUAUGACAUCCAUUACGCCCUCAAAGUGUGCACCGACUUGAACGUGAAGGAAGCUCGCGUGUUCCUCGAAUGCAUGCUGCGCAAGUGGAUCUCUGCAGUAGAUCUGGCCCUCACGUUCGACAUGAAGCUGGCCAAGGAAACCGCCUCAAGGCCGUCGGACAGCAAGAUUCGGCGGAAGCUCUGGCUUCGCAUAGCAUACCACGACAUCAAGGGAACCAACGACGUGAAAAAGGCCUUGAAUCUUCUGAAGGAGUGCGAUCUCUUGCGCAUCGAGGACCUAUUGCCAUUCUUUGCAGACUUCGAGAAAAUUGACAACUUCAAGGAGGCGAUCUGUGAUGCUCUGCGCGAUUACAAUCAGCGAAUCCAGGAAUUGCAGCGUGAAAUGGCCGAGACCACGGAGCAGACCGAUCGCGUCACCUCCGAGUUGCAGCAAUUGCGCCAGCACAGCCUCACCGUUGAUUCUCAGGAUACGUGUGAAAUUUGCGAGAUGAUGCUGCUGGUGAAGCCCUUUUUCAUGUUCAUCUGCGGUCACAAAUUCCACAGCGAUUGCCUGGAAAAGCAAGUUGUGCCCUUACUGACCAAGGAGGAAUGUAGGCGCCUCGGCACCCUAAAGCAGCAACUGGAGGCAGAGGUGCAAACGCAGGCGCAACCGCAGUCGGGUGCCCUUAGCAAACAGCAGGCAAGGGAGUUGCAGCGGAAGAGGGCGGCACUGAAAACCGAAAUCGAGGACAUCCUCGCUGCAGAUUGUCUAUUCUGCGGGCUGCUAAUCAACACAAUCGACCAGCCGUUUGUUGACGACUGGGAGCAGGUGAAUGUCGAGUGGGAGUAGUUCGCUCCCACCGUCGUUCACACCCAAAUAUUUAUGUACAUAUAAAAUAUUUAUUAAUAAACCUACACAGAUCACAAAAGUUUCGACUGA